CGCUCCCUCUCCGGCAAAGAAAUCCAAAACCACCAACCUCCUCCCGACAUUCUUCUUCUUCUUCUUAUUCCUCCUCCGCCGCCGCCGGUCGUCGCCGCCUGUCAUUCUGCGACUGAAUCCGCCGCCGUUUCUGGCACAGAGCAGCGGGCAGCAGAAUGUCCAUCGUCUCGACAACCUCGGCUCCUCCUACUCUCACUCCCCUCCACUGCCCGUCGCUCCCCCUCCUCCGCCGCCACCGCCGAAGCCCCGGCCGACCGCCGCCGCCGCCGCCGUUCCUAUCGCUCGCGGCCCCGCGCCCGAGGCGGCGCGAUGCCGCCUCCGGCCUCGUCCUCUGCCGCGCCUCGAAGUCGCAGGGUAACCCCGUGAGGAAGCGCCAGCCGUCCGGCGCCGGCAAGCGGAAGAAGAAGCCGGCGAAGGAGGACGGCGCGGCGAGGGAUGUGGAGAUUGUCGAUGAUUUCGUCAUCGGCGAGGGCGAGGGAGAGGGCUCCGGGGGCCUCGGUGCGAGCUCGGCGGGGUAUCACCCCACGCCCUUGCCGAAGCCGCCCGCCGGAUUCGUGGUGGAUGAUCAGGGCAGGGUCGUCAUGGCUUCGCACAAGCGUCUGGUUACGAUUGUUGAUCCUACUAACAACUUUCCCUUGGAGUGUGUUAUAAGGAGAAUUUUCAGAAGUUCAAGCGGUGAUGAAUGUAUGCUGCUUUGCCCUGCAGACACGCCGGUCCAGAUAUUGAAGAGCACCAAUAUUGAUGGCUGGUCAGCUGUAGGUGACGAGGAAGUUGAAUCUAUACUUCCUACAGCAGCUUUUGCUCUUGCAAAGAUACACAUGCACUUGGUAUAUAGUGGAUUCUGUUAUACUGCUCGGGGAGGGUUUUGCUACUCGGAAGAUGAUAUAUUUGAUUUCCGAACAGAUGAUGGUCAAGAUGUUGAUGGCUUACCCACUGAAGGAGUGGAAAUUACAUGCUUCCAUAUGGAUGGUGCACAUUACAUGAUUUAUACACCCUCCGAUCCACUUCUUUUUGUUGCCAUAAAGGAUCGCAACGGGAAGUUGCAGAUUGCUGAUGACGAUCUGUUGGAGGACCCUUCCAUAAUAAGUGCCAUAGAUGAAGAGACUGAGUUCAAUGCCUUAGUGGAGGAAGAAGCUGCCCUGCUUGAAUCACUGAUGGGUGAAAGAUGACAAAGGAGCUUGCCUGACACAAAAUAUAGGUUAUUUUGGAGGUGGCUGUCUUGAGAGACCAGUCUGGCUAAAGAAGCAAUGCAAAAAGAAAGGCCUUAACUUGUAGUGUUCUUUUGCCCUUAUGCCUGUCUUAUUGUAAAUGGUGAACUCUCUCUGGAGUAAGGUGCAAAACUGCAAGUAGUCAUUAUUCGUGUUAAUGCUUUCUAUUCCUCUAUAUUGGCCCUUUGUUCAGUGGUUUCUGAUGAAGAAAUCUUGCUUCACAUCAUUUGGAUUGGUCUGUCUCCAAAAAUUCAGGUCAAUAUAGAAGUUGAGGAGAUGUUAUUCUAGGAAAGACAUGGUCACUGUACAUAAUUGACGUGAAUUUUGUAAUUCAUUAAGCAUUUAGCCAUUAGUCCUUUUCUUUAA